GAUGGCUUCGAGCCAAGAAGACCAACAUCAAGUGCACGAACAUCAUCGAUACGUGAUGAACAUACUGGUAGAAUGGUUACGGUAGUUCGAGGUGAUGACGAUGAGUUCGAUGAUGGAACUUUGACCCGAAGGGACGUCGACAAAUGGAGGGAGCAAAGAAGAACCCCGUCUGACCGUGUUCAUCAAACGUCGAAUAAUGUCACGAUAAUUACGCUUGGCGAUGAUUCGGUUAUAUAG